AUGAUCUCUUCGACAACAUGGGUCCCGCGUGGAUUUCCAUCCGAGUUUCCCGAAAAGUAUGAGCUCGACGAUGAAGAAAUGGAAAGAAUCAACCAAUUGGCACAACUGAACCUGGAAGACGCCAAGGACGCCGAAGAGGAUGGAGAUAACGAUGAAGCAGAUGAACAGGCCAACGAUGCGCUUCAAAACUCAUUGAACGGAGCAAAAUUGGCGGCCCAAGGAGAAGCCGACGAUGACUUGGCAGAGUACGAUCUAGAACAUCACAACGACGAAGAUCUAGGUGAGGGAACUGACGCUACCAUGUUCCCAGGUUUGUCCGAUGAAGUCAAGUACCACGAGGGCGAAAACGGUGAAGACGCAUACAUGACGCUGCCCACGGAGGAAGACGCUCACGAGGCCAAAGAAGAGUUGCAGGUAUACCCAUCUGAUAACAUGGUCUUGGCCACGAGAACAGAAGACGACAUUUCAUACUUGGACGUGUACGUGUAUGACGACGGUGCUGGUUUCCACGACCCAGAGAUAGGCCAGGAGGCUGGUGAUGAGCAAGACCCAGAUGUGGCUCGUGGCCUGGUGCGCGACAGUGCCCUGUACGUUCACCACGACCUCAUGCUCCCCGCUUUCCCUCUAUGUGUGGAAUGGCUGAAUUACAAACCAGGGUCCAACUCCGACGAUCCUGCCAACUUUGCCGCCAUUGGUAGUUUCGACCCUCAGAUUGAAAUCUGGAACCUAGACUGCGUGGAAAAAGCUUUCCCAGACAUGAUUUUGGGUGAUCCACAGGCCUCUGCUUCCGCUGGCCCUGGCAAGAGCAAGAAGAACAAGAAAACUAAGAGCAAGCACGUCACCACGCAUCACACUGAUGCUGUGCUGUCUUUGGCUCACAGCAAGCAUUUCCGUCCCGUCUUGGCCUCUUCAUCUGCCGAUAAGACUGUCAAGCUGUGGGAUUUGAACGAGGGUGUAGCUGCACGCUCCAUUGCCGCAUUGCAUUCGAACAAAAACGUUUCUGCCAUUCAAUGGCACAACACCAGCGGUUCAGUUCUAUUGAGUGGUGGUUACGACUCUCGUGCGGCUUUGUCCGACGUAAGAAUCGCCGAUAACUCUAAUAUGAGCAAAUACUGGUCGGUUAUGUCUGGAGAAGAAAUCGAGUGCGUCCAAUUCGCGGAUGAAAACACCUUCAUGUGCGGUACUGACUCAGGUAAUGUCUACUCAUUUGAUAUUAGACAGGGAGAAAACAGUUCUCCACUAUGGACUUUGAACGCUCAUGAUGCAGGAAUCUCGACAUUGAAUGUAAAUCCAUUUAUUCCAAACUUGUUGGCUACAGGUGCCAUGGGUGAAAAGACAGUCAAGCUUUGGAAGUGUGGUGAGUCGGGUCCUAGCAUGGUUCUUUCCAGAGACUUUGGUGUUGGCAAUGUGCUGUCGACUUCUUUCGCACCAGAUAUCGAGGUUGCUGGUAACAUUGUGAUUGGUGGUGUUUCUAAAGGUUUGAAGCUGUGGGAUGUGUUCACCAACAGAUCGAUUCGUAAGAACUUCGGCAAGGAACUAGCCAGUGUCCAGAAACAAGCCAGACAGGAAGCUCAUAGCAUAGGGAAAGCUUCAAGAAUCGCAAGAAAGUAUACAAAGAACGACAACCCCGACACCGUAGUUACCGUUGACGAUCAAGGUGAAGAUGAAGAGGAAAAUGAGGGCCGGGAAGGGCAAGACGAUUGGGAAGACGCCGAAUAA